CCCAUAUUAAUAGCAUUUCUCCAUUUCACGAAAAAAUUUGAUGCUGACGCUGUUACGCAGAAUUUGUGCAUAAAAUUCAACAAAAAUCUUUAUAUUAAUACUUUGAUAUUUUUCCUAUUACCAACGGUCAUUGAUUGUAAAAAAAUUUUAAUUGGAUACUACAAUGGCUGACCGCCUUACACAAUUGCAAGACACCGUUAAUCAGCAAGCCGAGAACUUCUGCAAUGCUAUUGGUGUGAUUCAACAAACCUCUUUUCCGAGUAAAUUUGUUAAUUUUGAUCGCAUUGGACCCCAAACGCCAAACUCGUGUCAGCCGCAAGAAGACUAUGCCCAACUAUUUGCACAGUUAAUUGCUCGAUGUGCUAAAGACAUCGACACCUUAAUUGAGUCGCUUCCAAAUGAAGACAGCUCCAUUGAACUUCAGAAUUCUAGCCUUAAGAGACUUGAGAUCGAAAACCAAGAAACUGCAAAAGACCUUGAGGAAGUAGUGCAAAAAGGCGAACUUUUGCUAGAAAAAAUGCAGUAUGCUUUGGAAAGCAUUGCUCAGGCUCAAUUAGAUAUGCAAAUAACACUUAAACAUGAUUUGCAAUAGGCGCAAAUCUAACCUUUAAUAUAAAGGCAUAUUUAGUUUUAAAAUUUUAAGAUUAUUAAUUUAUUGCAUUUUUGCUUUAUGUAUAUACAAAACGCAUCUUUAUUUAACUUAGUUAAGACUUAAACCAUUUUGAACAGCACUUCUGACCUCGUUGAUUUAAAUGAGUGUGGCGCGCCGUUCUAUGUCGGCAAAUAUUUCUUCGUGUGCACUACAAUCGUCUAUUUAAACAUACCCGGUUUAGCUAUAUUAAGUAUUAGCUGGUUUUAACGGAUAUAACAAGAAAUUUACACUUUUUCUUUUCCUCAUAUAUUGCUACUUUGUUGUUUAUUGACGUUAUGCAAAACAAUGAUUUAUAUAAAUUUAGUCAUUGUUUUAGUUGAACAAAACUUUUCUGCAAGUUAUAAAAAAAAUACUAUAUGUACUUACGUAUACCCCGCUUUGGAUUUUAUAAACAAAUUAAAUUGUAUGAGCUCUAAAA